AUGUGGCAAGCUCUGCAAUCCUGCAAGCAUCGUGUUGGCCCUCCAUUGGACCCUCUCCAGUUUUUUACUCUCUCUCAUGAACUGUCCAGGACCAAAACUCAACACACCGGACCACCGGAGACCCUCGGCCGCCCCUGCAGGCACCCACCCCACGCCCUCCGUCAUUCUCCAGCGGCAGCAGAGGGGCUGGAGCACGGCGGCUGCAGGCUGGCUGCCUGCUGCGGGAACCCCAGCCUCAGCUGCCCUUGCCGGCCGCCCUCGCUGGCCCAGGAGGCCGACUGCAACCUCUGCGUGCACUUGGUGGAGCUGCUCCACAGCACGCUGGUGGAUAGAAUGCAGACCGCCAAGUGCCUGCAGAUGGGCAUCUUCCAGGGCGAGGACCGGGAUCGGAUCCACACUGUAACUGACAAUCUUGGGAACAGAGAUGGUGCAAAGCUAUUGAGCAGAAUAGUGCAGAAGAAAGAUUGUAUAGUGCAGACUACAUGGGGAACAGAGAAUAGACAAAAUGGGAUGAAGAGCAGUACGAAUGAAGAAACAGAAGUUACAAGACAACUAGGAUAUGCCAUAGUGGAGGAUUUGAAACAGCAAGAAAAUGUGAAUCAUAGUUUCAGCAGUGAGAGCAGUGUAUUGGAAACAUCUAUUGGAAAGAAUUCUGCAGUUUCAAAUGAAGAUGAAGUGGAGAGCAGAGCUUCACCUGAGCCAGAUCUGAUCCUGAGAGGUUACCAGAUGGAAGUUGCAAAGCCAGCACUGAAUGGGGAGAAAAUUAUAAUAUGUCUCCCCACAGGCAGUGGUAAAACCAAAGUGGCUGUUUACAUUACCAAAGAUCACUUGGAUAAGAGAGCAUCAGAGCCUGGAAAAUUUGUAGUACUUGUUACUAAGGUAGUGAUGGUAGAGCAGCAUUUACAAAAGGAGUUUAAUCCAUUUCUGAAACAUUGUUAUCAGGUUAUUGGUGUAAGUGGUGAUUCUUAGCUAAAAAGCUCAUUUCCUGAAGUUGUCCGAAGAAAUGAUAUCAUCAUCAGUACAGCACAUAUCCUUGAGAAUUCAUUGUUAAAUGCAGCUGAAGAAGAUGAAGAAGGUGUCCACUUAUCAGGCAAGUUUUUAAUUCUGAAAUUUUUACAGAAGGCUCAAGCACAACUUUGUGCAAAUGCAGCCAUACUGGUUCCACUUUCCAAGCCUGGUAGACCAUGCUGGGAGAAUUAUAUAGAAAGCUGCUCUUUGUUUUGUUUUUUUCUAGAGCUGUUAUUCUACAUGGUCAUUUUUUCUCAAUUUACAUCUGCUAUUUUUAAAGCAAAAAAGAAACAGCCGAAAGACUUGGCUGGAAAGCCAGGAUAUGAAAAAGAGAAGCUAAUACAGUUGCAAAACACAAUGGAGGAGUUCACGAAUACUGAGGAACCUGGAGGAACUAUUUUCACAAAGACUUGGCUAAGUGCCUUUGCUCUAUUCCAGUAGAAUAAGGAUAACCCAAAAUUUGAAGAAAUAGGAAUUAAGGCCCCUUAUCUUAUCGGUGCUAGAAAUAACAGUGAAAUUAAACCCAUGACUGAGCAAAGGGAACAAAGGGAAGUUAUUAAUAAAUUCCAAGGUGGAAAUGUAAAUUUACUUAUUCCUAGUACUGCAGCUGAGGAAGGCCUAGACAUCAAAGAGUGUAACAUCAUUAUUUGCUGUGACCUCAUCAUCAUUGAAAUUGCUAUGGUGCAGGCUUGCGGUUGAGCUUGAGCUGAUGACAGCACCUAUGUACUUGUGGCUUCAAGUGGCUCAGGAGCUGUUGAACUUGAAGAUGUUAAUAUUUUCUGCAAGAAAAUGAUGUAUAAGGUCAAUCAGCAUGUUCAGAAGAUGCUACAGGAAGAGUAUUUAAAUAAGAUUCAGAAUUUCCAGUUGCAAAGUAUAGUGGAAAAACAAAUGAAGGCAAAGAGAGAUCCACACAAGAAAAAUCCUUCACUAAUAACAUUCCUAUGCAAAAAUUGCCACAAGCUGAUAUGUUCUGGAGAAGACAUACAAGUUAUUGAAAACAUGCAUCAUGUCAGUGUGAAAAAAGAUUUCCAAAAUUUUUACCAUACAAGAGGAAAUAAGACACUGCAAGAUAAGCAUUCUGAUUACCAGACAAAUAGGGAAAUUAUAUGUAAAGACUGUGGAAAAGCUUAGGGAAAUAUGGUGGUUCAUCAAGGUCUUGACCUGCCUUGUCUAAAGAUUAGAAAUUUUGUGUUUGUGUUUUAAGACAAGGAAACAACAAAGCAAAUUUUUCAGAAAUGGAGAGAACUGCCCAUCAGGUUCCAGUUUGAUUAUGCAGUUCAUUGUCCUUCAAGUGAUGAAGAUUAAGGACUCAGAAUGAAAACAAAAGCCCUUUUCCACUUUUUCAGCUGAUUAGAAGCUCCUGUGUCCCAUAGAAAGUGCUGCAUCGUAAACUGUGAAGGCUCCUGGGCAUGAGGAAACUGUUUUGAAGAGGAAAAAAAUCCAAGGAAGGAGAAGGACGAAGUCACAUGGCAGCUGUCUGCACUCAGAUUUGCAGUGGUACUCCAGGACAAAGACAAUGACCAAAUACAUUGCAGUCAUGUGUAUCCAUGGAACAAAUUCACAUCUCUACUCACUACAGUCCACCAUGGGGUGACAACACUGUCCAAAGCAUGUUAGGUGACCUGUCAUCAAGCACAGAACAUAGGAGAGACAUCUUGAGACUUGCCAUGGUGAUUAUUUUCUGGUUUUCUUCUUGCUACAACCUUUUUGAAAAUAAAGUGUCUCAAAAGAGGAGCCAUGUAAAGAGAACAGAUUAGCUGAGUGUUAUUUCUGAAUCAUUGUUGCUUCAUCAGUGACUGAGUUCUUCCCCUCUUAUCUUUAGCUGUAAGCUCAUACAUUUUGACAGACUAAAAUUAAGUUUCCAUUUCAAAAGAUCAAGCCCUUAAACUGACUUGAAAUUGAUUAUUUCAAUGUCCAAGAAGCACAAUGCCAUGUGCCUUUCUGUGUGUUAGUUUCACAGGAUUGUUAAACUGGCUAU